AUGGGUCUCAAAAUCUCGCCGGCGUCACCUGCCGGUAAAUGGCUCGGCUUCGUCACUGCCGUAUGGGUGCAAGCCAUCUCCGGCAACAACUACACGUUCUCGAACUACUCCGACGCCCUCAAGUCCCUCAUGGGCCUCACUCAGCUGCAGCUGAACAGCCUCUCCGUCGCCAAGGACGUCGGAAAAGCCUUCGGCCUCCUCGCUGGCCUAGCCUCCGACCGGCUCUCCACCCCCGCCAUGCUCCUCAUCGGCUCGAUCGAAGGAUUCAUCGGCUACGGCGUCCAGUGGCUCGUCGUCAGCCGCCGGAUCCAACCACUCCCUUACUGGGCGAUGAGCAUUUUCCUGUGUAUGGGUGGGAACAGCACGACGUGGAUGAACACGGCCAUCCUGGUCACGUGCAUCCGCAAUUUCCGAAAAAAUCGGGGACCGGUCUCCGGAAUCCUGAAAGGCUACGUAGGCCUGAGCACGGCCAUCUUCACCGACGUCUGCUCCGCCCUGUUCGCGGACGACCCGGCGAAGUUCCUGAUGAUGCUAGCCGUUGUCCCCUUCGUCGUCUGCCUCUUCGCCGUCCUCUUCCUCCGCGAGGUCCCACCGGCGGCGGCGGAGGACUGCAGCGGCGGCGAGGAUAGGUACUUCGGCGUAAUCAACGUCCUGGCGGUGGUCAUCGCGCUCUACCUGCUGGCCUUCGACGUCACGGGAGCGCACGGCCGGGUCUUUUCACAGAUCUUCGCCGCCGUGCUCCUUGUCCUGCUCUCGUCGCCACUGUCGAUCCCGAUCUACCUGGUGGCUAGGGAUUUGGUCCGCUCUGGGGAGAAAUCCGACGACGUGGAGCGGAGCGCGGCAGAGCCGCUGCUGUCCUCGGCGCCGACGCUGGCGGAGAAGAAGGCGGAGGCGGAGGCGGUGGCGGCGGAGGAGGAGAGGAGGAGGCCGGUGGUGGGGGAGGAGCACACGAUAUUGGAGGCGCUGAGGACGGUGGAUUUUUGGAUCUUGUUCGGGUCGUUUUUGUGCGGGGUUGGAACGGGUCUUGCGGUUAUGAACAAUAUGGGGCAAAUGGGCCUCGCGCUCGGGUACGCUGACGUGUCAAUUUUCGUAUCGCUGACGAGUAUAUGGGGAUUUUUCGGGCGGAUCCUUUCCGGGUCGGUUUCGGAGUACUUCAUCAAGAGGUCCGGUACACCGAGGCCCGUCUGGAAUGCGGCCUCGCAAAUCCUCAUGGCCAUCGGGUACAUUAUUAUGGCCAUGGCCUUGCCGGGCUCACUCUACGUGGGCUCCAUAGUUGUCGGCAUUUGCUACGGUGUUCGGUUAGCGGUGACGGUCCCCACGGCCUCCGAGCUAUUCGGGCUCAAAUACUAUGGCCUCAUCUACAAUAUCCUCAUCCUCAACCUCCCGUUGGGCUCGUUCUUGUUCUCGGGCCUGUUAGCGGGCUUUCUCUACGAUGCGCAGGCCACGCGCACGGACUCGGGUGGGAACACGUGUGUUGGGGCCCAUUGCUAUCGGCUCGUUUUUGUGGUGAUGGCGAUUGCAUGUGUCGUUGGGUUUGGGCUCGACGUUGUGCUGUCGAUUAGGACACAGGGUCUUUAUAAGAAGAUCUAUGUAGGUAGAAAGAAGGCGAAGAAGUUAACGUCGGGCGCCGGUGGGCAAUAG